UUUCGUUAAGAACCUGCCACUCUAAAAACUCUUACCGUUAGUAUUUCUCUCUUUGUUUACAUUUGACACUCACUCUCACUUUCAUCUCCCAUGGCUACUUUCACUCUGUUCUUCUCUCUCCUUCUCCUCCAAGCUCUUCCUUUCUCAAGUUCGCAGUCGUUUAUUGGAGUGAAUUAUGGGCAAGUAGCUGAUAAUUUGCCGCCACCGGAAGCUACGGUCAAGCUUCUAAAAUCGACGUCCAUACAGAAAGUCAGGCUGUACGGAGCCGAUCCAGCAAUCAUUAAAGCACUGGCUAAUACCGGAAUCGAUAUUGUCAUCGGCGCUGCUAAUGAAGAUAUUCCAGUUUUGGCUUCUGAUCCUAACGCCGCCGCUCAGUGGGUGAACACAAACGUCUUGCCUUUCUACCCUGCCAGCAAAAUCAUCCUUAUAAACGUCGGAAAUGAGGUAAUGAUCUCCAAUAACGAAAACCUCAUCAUCCAGCUCCUCCCAGCGAUGCAAAAUGUGCAAAACGCCCUCAACUCUGCCUCACUCGGCGGCAAAAUCAAGGUCUCAACCGUGCAUGCACUGUCCGUGUUGAGUCAGUCAGACCCGCCAUCUUCCGGGUUGUUCAACCCGAGUCUCCAAGGCGUGAUGAAGGGGUUAUUGCAGUUUCUGAAGGAUCACGGAUCCCCUUUUACCAUCAACCCGUAUCCUUUCUUUGCGUACCGGGGCGAUCCGAGACCCGAAACUCUUGCGUUCUGUCUAUUCCAACCUAAUGCCGGUCGGGUUGACAGCGGAACCGGCAUCAAGUACAUGAACAUGUUUGAUUCUCAGGUUGAUGCUGUACACUCUGCUUUGAAUGCAAUUGGAUUCAGGGACCUUGAAAUUGUUGUUGCAGAAACAGGUUGGCCUUACUAUGGAGACCCCGAUGAAGUUGGCCCUAGUGUCGAAAAUGCCAAAGCUUAUAAUGGGAACUUGAUUUCUCACCUUAGAUCAAUGGUUGGGACUCCAUUGAUGCCUGGAAAAUCUGUAGAUACUUACAUUUUUGCUCUUUAUGAUGAGGAUUUGAAACCUGGGCCUUCCUCCGAACGUGCAUUCGGACUCUUUAAACCUGACCUUACUGUAACAUAUGAUGCUGGUCUUUCCAAGAAUAGCCAGACUCCAUCUACACCGAAAACAGUAACAGGUUGGUGUGUGCCCAAGGCUGGUGUCGUUGUUGCUCAAUUGCAGGCAAGUUUAGACUAUGCCUGUAGCCAAGGCAUUGAUUGCAGUGCUAUUCAAGCAGGAGGUGCCUGUUUUGAACCAAAUACUCUAGCAUCGCAUGCUGCUUAUGCCAUGAAUCUUUACUACCAGAAUUCUGAUAAAAAGCCAUGGAACUGUGAUUUCUCACAAACAGCUACACUCACAUCCCAAAAUCCCAGUUACAGUGGCUGCAAUUAUCCUGGUGGGAGUACCUGAAAACUCUUGGAGAAGAAAUUCCCAGACUGACAAAUAUAAUAAAGGGCUUUGGGUGAAUCUUGUGGUUGGUAAUUAUAGCUUUAAUUGUAAAAGCCUUGUGCUUUAUUUAAGCGUAGAUUGCAGAAAGUUGAUGAUGGGGAAUAAAGUGUAACUAAGUGGAAUAAAUCCUUUGCAUGCUUAAUUUAGAAAUCUUCAAUUACAAUAAUGUGAUUUGUAAGAAUCUUGGAACUCUGUAGGUGUUUUAUUUAUUUAUCAUAUGCUCAACCGCAGAACUUCUGCA